AGAUCCUAGAGAGAGAUCAUCACUACAGACGGAGGGGAGGAAUCAUUCAGGGCCACAAGAAGUGUAUUUUAUAUAGUUGAUCAUUUCUGAGCAUGUCUGCUGCUGUGACUCUAGGGCUGCUGUUCUUCCUCUCUGCGGGACUGAACGAGCAGGUGGCCGAGGGCUGCAGCUGUGCUCCAGGACACCCUCAACAGCUGUUCUGCAUGUCUGACAUAGUGAUGCGAGCUGAGGUAACUGGGGAGAAGAUCAUAUACAGCGAUGAAUAUACACCUGGCAUGGGAAAAAUUCAGUAUGAAAUCCAAGUGAUAAAGGUGUUCAAGGGUUUUGAUAGAAUAAAGGAAAUUCAGCAUGUCUAUACGAAUGAGAUGUCUUCAAUGUGCGGUACUAGACUGGGUCGUGGACAGUAUCUGCUUUCAGGAAGCAUCGCGUCUGAGGGAUUCUUCGUUUCAAUGUGCGACUAUCUUGCGCUCUGGGACAGACUCUCCUUAAUGCAAAAAAAGAACAUCAAACACAGAUAUCUGAUGAGCUGUAGCUGCAUGAUUUCUACCUGCACCGAAAAGCCCUGUCAACCUAGCACAAAAAAUGAGUGUAUACUGACAAACUUGUCAUCCUUAUGGUCAUUUGAGGAUAGAGAACCAAUUCACGAGUCUGCCUGCAUCAGACACAGCGAUGGCUCCUGCGGCUGGUAUGGAGGAACCGGCAAACCUUCUGAAAAUGACACCAUGGACGUGUCUGAUGUCUGACGGCCGAGAGCAUGAGUGGUUUCCCACUGUAAAAGAAGUUGCUUGAUGCUGUCCAUGAAGACAGAAGACAGUUCAAAUGUAAACACAUGCAAGCCAUUUAACCUGCUAUACUUUCUUAUAGACACACAGAACACCUUAGCUACUAUCGCCUAGCAACCACACAGCCCUGUCCCAAAUGGAACACUUCA